GACGAAUCUCUCUUCGUGUAAAUCGACGAUCCUUCUCUAUCUCUGCAACUAUGUCUUCAUCUACUAAGAAGGUUUUGAUUCCCGUUGCUCAUGGUACGGAGCCGUUUGAAGCGGUGGUGAUGAUCGAUGUGCUACGGCGAGGCGGAGCGGAUGUAACGGUGGCGUCCGUUGAGAAUCAGGUCGGCGUUGAUGCUUGCCAUGGAAUCAAAAUGGUCGCUGAUACUCUUCUCUCUGAGAUCACCGACUCCGUUUUCGACCUUAUUAUGCUCCCUGGAGGACUUCCUGGUGGUGAGACUCUUAAGAAUUGUAAACCUUUAGAGAAGAUGGUGAAGAAGCAAGACACUGAUGGACGACUUAACGCUGCUAUCUGUUGUGCUCCGGCGUUGGCGCUUGGUACUUGGGGUCUACUAGAGGGUAAAAAAGCUACAUGUUACCCGGUUUUUAUGGAUAAACUAGCGACUUGUGCGAAAGCUGUUGAGUCAAGAGUGGAAAUUGAUGGGAAGAUAGUGACCAGUAGAGGGCCUGGAACUACCAUGGAAUUCUCUGUCACGCUUGUGGAGCAACUUCUUGGGAAAGAGAAAGCUGUUGAAGUCUCUGGCCCCUUGGUGAUGCGUCCCAACCCUGGUGAUGAGUAUACUAUUACUGAGCUUAACCAAGUCAACUGGUCAUUCGACGGUACCCCACAGAUCCUUGUACCCAUUGCAGAUGGCUCAGAGGAAAUGGAAGCUGUUGCUAUCAUUGAUGUCCUGAGGCGGGCAAAAGCAAAUGUUGUCGUUGCUGCACUUGGUAACAGUUUGGAAGUGGUAGCAUCUCGGAAAGUCAAGCUGGUGGCAGAUGUGCUUCUCGAUGAGGCUGAAAAGAAUUCGUACGAUCUGAUUGUGUUGCCUGGUGGUCUCGGUGGUGCUGAAGCAUUUGCAAGUUCGGAGAAGCUAGUGAAUAUGUUAAAGAAGCAGGCGGAAUCAAACAGACCAUAUGGAGCAAUUUGUGCCUCUCCUGCUCUGGUGUUUGAGCCACAUGGUUUACUCAAGGGUAAGAAGGCAACAGCGUUCCCAGCAAUGUGCAGCAAACUGACGGACCAGAGUCACAUCGAGCAUCGAGUCUUGGUGGACGGCAAUCUCAUAACAAGCAGGGGUCCAGGGACCUCAUUGGAGUUUGCGCUCGCAAUUGUAGAGAAGUUUUACGGGCGUGAGAAAGGACUUCAGCUCGCCAAGGCAACACUUGUGUAAACUCAUGAGUAUCUUAGGUAAGACUUAAGAGUGACAUUAAUAAGAAAAAGGGUUUAGU